AUCAAUCCUAGUUGGAUGUCUAUUAAUUUAAUUGUUUCUCGAAUAAACUCUCUUUGUAAAGAAUUUGGGCUAAAUGAUAAGCAAUAUGAAAUUGAUGAACAGGAUAUUUUACAAUUAGAUAUAGUGGAUGAGGUUUAUAUAAAAAUUUUGAAAGAAUCUGUUACAAAAAUUCUUGCUUUAUCUUCCGCAACUAUAACUAAUUUUGAAAAAUUUACUGAUGUUUUUCAUGAUUUAUUAAAAUAUUUUAAGAAAGUAGAGAGUCAUUCUUUAGAUUCUUCUAUUUCUUUUUAUGAUUUUGUUGCUUGUUCUAUUACUCGUCAUUAUUCUCAUAAUGUGAUAUCUAAAAUUUCUUUAUUUUCUGGUACUGAAUUUCAAAAAAAGCGUCUAGCUAAUCAUAUUCAUAAUUUGUUACUUUGUGUAUAUGAAGUAUUAAAUGGGAUAAUUAGAGUAAUUUUAGAAAUGGAUAAAGUGUUUGAUAGAUGCUAUUUUAAUAAUAUUGAUAAUUUGAAUAAUUGUAUAAUAAACAUUUGCACGUUGGUAUCGCAAAUUAUUUUGAUCUUAUUUCAGACAUAUUUUUCGCGUGAAAAUUCUGAUAUUUUAAAUACUUUUCUUGAUAUCAAGAAUGAUUCUAUUACAUAUAUAAAAUGUAUUGAAUUAAUGCUUUUUCUUUAUGAUAAUAGCUAUUUGAAAAAUAAUAUUAGAAAUAUUGUUAAGAAAGCUAUGUUAAGAUGUUUUGACUUUAAAGGUUUCGAUAUUUUUUUGCAAAUUCUAUUUAAGACAAAGGAUAGUUCUGAUUAUGAUGACAUUGUUAAAGCUGUUCAGCAAAUUUAUGAUGGCAUUUCUAAAAUAAUAUUUAGACGAUCUGCCUCUAUUUUUAAGGAUCAAAAAUUUGUUGUCUGGGGGCUUUUAGAAUAUAUUGAACUUGAAAAAUCAGGUUGGACUCAAAUUCAAUAUAAUUUAUGGCUUCCUCCACUUUUCAUUUCUUCAUGGCUUGUUCCUAAUGAACGUAAUGAUUGUGAAAUUAUAAAAUAUUGCUAUAAAUUAAAUAAUCAAAUAUCCAGGGAAAUAAUUGAUAAUAUUCAAUUUAAAAUUAUAAGCUCUAGUCCUGAACUUUCCUUUCAAAUGUCGAUGUCGUUUAUAUUUUCUUUUCAACUAGAUGAAGUUACAUCUGAUCAAAAUUUUAUAAUAAAACGCAUUAUAACGCUUUUAGAUAAUGUAAGACGAUCUGAAAUUGUAGAACAAAUGAACUUGUUGAUGGUAUCAAAAUAUCAAUGUUUACAUUUUUUUACCUGGUUAUGGGAAAGUUCUUUAAAAUGUCCUAGUAAUUAUAUAUUAGCAUUUUCUGAUGAUUUAACUUUAUUAUGGCUUUUACGACGUAAUUUUUUACUUAAGUAUAAUAGUUCUAUUGUUUCCGAAUUUGAGCAUUUAGUUAUUUUUGUUUUAACUGGUGGAAAGAUUGAUAGUGAUCAAAAAUCACCGGUUUAUGAAAGAGGUUGUUGUAAGGAUGAACUAGAUAGAUCUAUAAUAAUAUUAAAGAGACAAAUAAAUUUUGAAAGUUGGUUAUUAUAUUUAACAGCUCAAGAUGUUAAGUCAAUGUUUGUUAUAGUUUUGACUGAAUUGCUUCGAUUAUUUAAAGAAUUAUGUUCUCUUUCUAUACUUGUUCCUAUUCAAGAAAAAAAUAUUAUUGAAUUUGUGCUAUUUAUUUUCUUGGAUUAUGAUAGACAAUGGAUUGAGUUUCAAUGCUGGAAUAAUCUUAUAUAUUUUUUACAUUCUGUUUCAAAGGAAAUUCUUAUGAGUGUUUUUACUAAUGAGACAUUAACUCUUAAUUUUAAUGACAAUUAUAUUGUUAAAAAGGAUCUUUAUUAUAAUAGUAUGGAUAAUACUUCCUUCAGUAAUUCAUUUGAAACUAAGACUUUAAAAUUAUUUUCUAGGAUAAUGCACUUAGUAUCUAGCUUGAUACGUGAAUUUGAGGUUUUAGGUACUUCGAUAGCUUCAGGAGAAUAUGAAUCUGUAAUUUUAAAUAACUUGAGGAAAAUUAUAGGAAUAAAUCAAUUUCUUAUUAUUAUCCUUAUUUAUUUGCCUCCUGAUCAUCUAGUUAAUCAAUAUGCAUGCUCACAAUAUGAAUUUAUUUCUUUACUUAGUUCUAGUAUUAUAGAUGUUAAAUAUAUUUCAUGGUUUCAAACUACUGGAAAGUUUUUAGAUCAUUUAUUAACUAUUUUUGUUUCAACAAAUCUUCAGCUUUUUGCUAUUUUAUCGAGACAAGGGAUUGAUAAUAUUGAUAUGCCAAAUAAUUUAAAAUUUUCACAUUUUAUUGAGAUUAUGAUUUAUAGUUCUUGUAGAUUGGAUGUUAUAGCUGGUGUUAUUUUAGAUUUAAUAAAAAUAUAUAAAAAUAAAUGGACGACUGACAGUACUGAUGUUAUAUGUUUAGCUAUGACUGUUAUUAGGUCUAUUAGAUUCUUUGAUAAAUGCGAAACUUUCUUGAUUAAUAAGAUUAAUGAUACAAUACUUCUUUUUAAGCAAACUAAUGACUCUAAAAUUUGGGAAUAUGUUUCUAGUGAUAUACAAAAUAUGGAAUUUUUAUUUUAUGUUUUAAAAGAAAUUUUACAUGGUUAUCUUUGUGUGGAAUGUUUUGCUGGAAUUUCAUCUGAAAAUCUUUCUAAUGAUAAAAAAUAUCCAUGUAAAAAAUGCAUUUUAAUUCCUAAUGGUUUACAACUUGAAUUUUUGCAUUUGGCUAAACUAUGUAUACCUCAAAAUGCUGCUUGGAUAGUAGAAUUGAAAACACAUUUGCUAAUUGCUUAUCUUCAAAAAAUUUAUGAUAUUGCUUUUGAAUCGAAAAUUGAAGGCUAUGAAGUUUUAUAUCAAGUCUUAAAAAAAAUAAUACCAACUCUUGAAAUAAAAAAAAAACCCUUUAUAUGUGACGAUGUUAAAUGUGAUUCUCAGAAUGAAAUUGUAUCUAGUGAAUUAUUUAAGUUGUUAGAAUUAGACCAUAAAGAACAAAUUUUAGCUAUUAUAGUUUUAUGA